AUGAAUCAAGCAGUCGGUCAAAUUAUCAAGCGGGGAGCGACGGUUCCCGGUGACAUAGACUGGUUCGGCAGGCAGGCAGGCAUGGAGGAGGACGAUCGGUCGAUCGCGGCGCCCGAGGGGAAGAACAUGGCGAUCGACUACGACAAGCUCGAGAGGGACGUGGACCACCAGCGAGAUGUGGCUCUCAAGGAGGGCAGGCUGACUGAAGCUCUGGACGCGCUGCUGGGCUUGGAGAAGCAGAUGCGCCUGGCUGCUGACGUGGUGGGGACGCGCACGGUUGCAGUGGCCAUUCUCAAGGUCUGCCACGAGGCAGCUGCGUGGAAGCUUCUCAACGAGCAGAUCGUGGCGCUGUCGAAGCGCCGAGCGCAGCUGAAGCAGGUGGUGGCAGCGAUGGUGCAGGAGGCCAUGAAGUACGUGGAUGACGCACCUGAUGACGUCGUCCGCGAGGAGCUCAUCAAGACGCUGAGUGGGGUUACGGCAGGAAAGAUCUACGUGGAGAUAGAGAGGGCGCGCCUGGUGAAGCGCCUGGCGCGCAUGAAGGAGGCGGAGGGCAAGGUGAAGGAGGCGGCAGAGAUCAUGCAGGAGGUGGCGGUGGAGACGUUCGGAGCCAUGGCAAAGACAGAGAAGAUCGACUUCAUCCUCGAGCAGGUGCGCCUGUGCCUGGAUUCAGAUGACUUCAUGAGGGCACAAAUCCUCGCAAAGAAGAUCAGCCCGCGUGCAUUCGCCUCUGAGACCGUGGAGGCUGCUGAGAAGGCCAAGGCGGCAGAGGCGGCAGCAGCAGCGGGUGGUGGGGAGGGGAAGGAGGAGGGGAAGAAGAAGCGGAAGGGGCGGAAGGAGGAGGGGGAGAUUCAGCCGGCUGCCCCUGAUGUGCCCACGCUGGUGGAGCUGAAGCUCAAGUUCUACGAGCUCAUGAUCCGCUACCACACGAAUGCAAACGACUAUCUGGAGAUCUGCCGGUGCUACCAGAACAUCUAUGACACGCCAGCAGUCAAGGCCGACCAGGAGAGGUGGAUCCCGGUGCUGAAGCGGAUCUGCUGGUAUCUCGUGCUGGCGCCACACGGCAGCAUGCAGUCGUCUCUCCUCCACUCCACCUUCGCUGACACUCACCUCCUCGACCUCCCCAAGUUCCGAGCCCUACUGAAGCUGUUCAUAACGAUGGAGGUGGUGGGGUGGCCGCAGCUGCAGGCGGAUUACAGUGCGGAGAUGCACGAGGAGAAGCCAACCGUCUUCCUCAAAGACUCCGCGCUCGAGGACCUGCGCCUGCGCGUCAUUCAGCACAACAUCCUGGUUGUUUCCAAGUACUAUGUGCGCAUCACCAUGGCACGGCUUGCCCAGCUCCUCUCCCUCACUGUCCAGGAGGCGGAGAAGUUUUUAUCAGACAUGGUGGUGGAGAAGGUGCUGGUGGCCAAGAUCGACCGGCCGGCGGGGAUUGUCACGUUCGGAGAGAGGCAGGAGAGUGGAGUGCAGCUGCUGGAUAAAUGGGCGAGUGACAUUGCGAAGCUGCUUGACCUUGUGGAGACGAGCUGCCAUCACAUUCACAAGGAGGCGAUGGUGCACAAGGUGCUCGACAGCGGGGUGAUCGACCAGCUAGUCUUGGGAGAUCCCGACGCCCCGCGCUUCGUCUUCUGGGAGGGGCGUCUGCGCCCGGUGCCCGCGGGCCUGCUGGACCUGCCAGUGUUCGACCUCAUGUCCAUUAUCGGGAAGAUCCGUGCGGGGCUCGGCGCGUUUGGACUCCGCCCCGCCGCUCCUGAGGGCAAGGAGGAGAGUGUGGAGGAAUUUGUGCGGCGCAACCUGGGAGCAGAGGUGUUCGAGCGCCUCAUCGAGCCCUUCUGUUCCGGUGUGUACGCAGGAGACCCAUCGAAGCUGAGCAUGAAGGCGGCGUUCGGCAAGGUGUGGCGAUUGGAGCAGCUGGGGGGGUCCAUCUUUGGCGGCUCCAUGAAGCUGAUCAAGGAGAAGCAGGCCAACCCGCCGCCCCCCCGUGACCCGCGCCUGCCGAAGCCCAAGGGGCAGACAGUGGGGUCGUUCCAAAAGGGUCUCAUCACCCUCCCCACCGGCAUUGCCAACAAGCUCGGCGACCGGGUGAGGCUCGGGUGGAAGCUGACAGCCAUAGAGAAGCGGCCAGGUGGCAGCGGCUUCCUGCUCUCCUACGACACUCCCAAGGGCGCCAAGAAGCUCUCAGCACGCUCCCUGCUGCUCACUGUGCCGUCCUAUGUCGCUGCUGACCUGCUCAAGCCUUACUCAGCACCAGCAGCAGCGGCCCUCUCAUCGUUCUACUACCCACCCGUGGCAGCAGUGACCAUCUCGUACCCCAAAGAGGCCAUUCGGGAGGACCGGCUCGUGGGGGGCGAGCUCAAGGGCUUUGGGCAGCUGCACCCGCGCACCCAAGGGAUCGUCACUCUGGGCACCAUCUACAGCUCUGUUCUCUUCCCCAACCGCGCCCCGGACGGCCGUGUGCUGCUGCUGUGCUACAUUGGCGGCGCGUGCAACACCAAGAUCGCCACCAUGAGCGAGGAGGAUAUCGUGAAGCAGGUGGACAUUGAUGUGCGCAAGAUGCUCAUCAAGCCCGAUGGAGCAGCCCCCCAAACGCACGGCGUGCGCGUGUGGCCGCGUGCCAUCCCGCAGUUCAACGUGGGCCACCUGGACAACCUUGCAAAGGCGCGCGAGGAGAUUAGGGCGGCGGGGCUCGAGGGCGUGUUCCUUGGAGGGAAUUACGUGGCGGGUGUCGCACUGGGUCGGUGCGUGGAGGGUGGGUAUGAGAGCGCGGCGGAGGUGGUACAGUAUUUGAAGGAGAAUGUAGCUGUUAGCAAAUGA